AUGCGUGAAUUUAUUAUAUUUACUAUUUUAAUUUUUAGUGUUUUAAGUUCAAAACAAAUCUUAAUUUAUAAUGAAGAAAUUAUUGUAGCUUUAAGUUUUGUAGGUUUUGUUAUAUUUAGUAAAAAAACCUUUGGUGAAACUUUAAAAGCUACUUCUGAUGCGCGAAGCGAAGCUCUUCUUUCAGAGUUACAGCAAUUGAUGAGUUCUCAAGAAGCUCUGUUGUCCGAGUUGAAGAAACAGCAUGAAUUACGUAGUAUAAGUUUGCGUUCAAGUACGCAAAUGAUUGGAGAAUCUUGUAUAAAUGAUCUGCUUACGCGCUGCGCACCUAAGUGCAAACAGACAGUGCAAGCUGUGUUAUGCCAACAAGUAGAGCAAAAGUUAAAAACACUGUUAGCUAUUCAAGAGCAUUCUCGCAGCAGUUUACAAGAGAAGAUAGUCACUUGUUUUCGCGAAACAGUUUGUGACGAAUUUCGCUUUUCUAAAUUGCGAAAACAUCAGUCAAAACUAGUUCAACAAAGCAUGGUAUUAUUGAAAGAUGGAGUUCUGAAAUGA